AUGGAUAGAGCCCGAAUAUCUUUGUUGGCGAAGUCUGUAAAAGAUUGUAUUACUCUAUUCCAUGGUGGCGUUGAUCCUUGGGUGGCUCGUAGCUGGUUAAAGAACUUGGAGGGUACAUUUGGGUACAUGAAGUGUACAGAUGAAGAGAAGGUGGAGUUGGCUACAUAUCAUCUUCGGGAUCAGGCCGUCACUUGGAGGGACAUGCAAAAGACGAUCUUUGGGGAACAACACAUCACGUGGCCGAUGUACCGAGAGGCGUUUGAGAGGCAGUAUUUUUCGAUUACAUUUUGUCUAGCUCACCGUCAAGAGUUUCUAAACCUCAAGCAGGACGACCGUUCUGUGAUGGAGUAUAAUGCGGAAUUCAGUAGAUUGGCUGAAUUUUGUCCUCAUCUGGUGGCUCAGGAUUAUGAUCGGAUGCAUCAGUUUACUUAG